AUGGUGAUAAGCGACAUUGAGGGAAGCGAUAGUGAUAGUACCGACAGAGUAUCCGAUGCCUCAGGAAGCUUAGACAUAAACCUGCCAGAGGGCAGCUCAACACUGAUUAGCACACCCAGCAUUGAACCAACACCAAAAUACUCUCGGCGUGGCCGUACCCCUAAAGCAGAGCAGCUAAAAAAAUUCAGAUCCAGCUCUUUUGGAGAUAUUGCCGAUUACUUUAAGAAGAAUAGCCUAAAAAGGUCCAGAGAAAACGGUGCUCUGUCUAACCCCAAGCGUACUGAAGACAGUCCUUCACCGCCGAAUAAAGUUUCACGCUCAUCUUCGUCACCACCGUCGAUGUCACGUGGCAAACUUGAAGAUGUUAAAUCCAGAGUAUCUGUAAUAGAAUCAAAUGCAAACCUACCGAGUGGCUCUGGAUCAACGGUCCAUGACCUAGAGAGACAAAUCAUCAAUAAUAGUAUUAAUUCGGUGGAAAAACACAUACGCAGAAAUAACAUCAUUAUCCGCGGGCUAACCUGCGACGAGGCCAAUGUCAAAAAGACGGUCGCCGAGUUUCUGGAUACACACCUUAACACCAAAAACUGCAUCGAAAGCGUGUCAAUUCUCAACAAGACAAAAGACAGCAUCAAGGUAGUGCUGAAAGACCAAGAAGUAAAGCAGAAGAUCCUCAAGAACAAACGACUUCUGAAAGUUCCUGUAUAUAUCAACUCAGAUCUUACACCAGAAGAGAGUUACAUUGCAAAAAGGCUUAGAGAUGAAGGCAAAAAACUUAAAACGGAAGGUAAUAAUAUCAAGCAUGGUUUUCAAAAGCUCAUAGUCAACGGCACCCCCAUGACAUGGGAUAAAAAUUUAAACGCAUUAGCAAAUAUCCUCAACACAGCCAGCACAGUCAACAUCACUUUUUGGAAUGCUCACGGUCAACAAAACAUACCAGAGAUCAUCAACUCCUCCACUGCCAGUCUUAUAUGUAUUUCCGAAACCUGGGCAACCGAUGAUCUCUUCCUCUCAAGUCUAAGUCAAUCUGCAAAAAAAAUAUUCGUCCCAGCUACAAAACCACUGAAACAAGGCAGACCCAGCGGCGGACUGAUCAUAUUCUCGAGCUUAACAUCAACGACAAUUUCCUCAUCUAAGUCCUGGAUCAUUGCUAAAGUGUCUGCCAGCAAUCUCACUAUUAUUACUGCCCUAAUCUACUUCAAACCAAAUGAGAACUUAGAAGAGACCCUUGAUCUUUUACAACUCACUCUAUCCAAUAUCUUCCAUACUCAUCAGUUCAAUCUCUUCAUCGCUGGGGGUGACUUUAAUGCCCGAGUAGGUAACGAGAGUCAAGUGCAGGAAGACGUUACUGUUAACACAAACCUCGACAAUACCCGUAACUCGCGAGACCAAGUCUGUAAUCAUCAGGGCAGGCUCGUCAUGCGAUUCAUGGAAGAUAAUGGCUUCAUUCUACUAAAUGGUAGGUCGCCUGGAGACCAAAAUGGUGAUUUUACAUUCUGCAGUGCCUCUGGAAAAAGUAUUAUCGAUCUAAUAUGGGUUAAUAUCCUUGGUCUUCAGCAUGUGUCCGACAUGUGGGUGGAGGACAUGGUUACGAAUUCUGAUCAUCUUCCCGUAACAAUUAGACUUCACACUGGCCUCAUUGGGGACCUGGUUCAAGCUGAACAAAACUCUAUGCAGCUAAGCCCUCUGCGAUGGAACGAAAAUCACGCUGAUCUUUUUCGUCAUUAUAUUACCUGGUCGUCUCUCAUCAAGAUUGACACGAAUUCAGCCUCUGUCGAUGACUUCAAUAAGCAAUUAACCGUUGCCAUUACUGAAGCUGCACGCGAAGCCCAGAUGUCUCAAGCCAGCAGGAAAUACUCACCAGAAAGAAAAUCAAAACCCUGGUUCGAUAAUAGCUGCAAGGACCGAAAAGCAAUGUUAAAAAAUAUUCUCCGCCAAUGUAAGUUGUCGAACAACUCAGACCCUGUUUGGGCAAUCUAUCUCCAAUCUAAAAAAGACUAUUACAGUUACUUGAAGCUAAGGAAACAGGAAUACAUCAAUGUUAUCCAAGCUAAAUUUGCCAAAACCCGCAACAUCAAAGACUUCUGGGAUACAGUGAAAUCGGUUCAAAGAAGCUCCCGUAGCCAGAAUAGCAUUGCACUGGUGGAGUGGGAGAAUUUCUUCCAUAAAGUCUACCCACCUCGCAUCACCUUCAACCUAAUCUGGCACUCAGAUUUGCACCAGCAACUUGAUGUAGAAAUUACGCUAGAAGAACUUCAAGAAAGCCUCAAAAAGUGCAAGUCGAACAAAGCAGCAGGUAUGGAUAAUAUCAGCAAUGAAUUUUUAAAAAACCUCCCGGAAAACUGGCAGCUAUUUAUUCUUGCGUACUUCAACAAAAUACUGGUCACAGAGACACUACCGCUGGAUUGGACAAAAAUUAUCACCACGAUGCUGUUCAAAAAAGGUGAUCCCACGGACCCGGAAAACUAUCGCAGUAUUGCACUAAUUAACAGCAUCACGAAAGUUUUCACGCAAAUAUUAUGCUCGCGUAUUAGGAAGUGGGCUGAGGCUGAAAAAAUCAUCCCAGAAGAACAAUCAGGUUUUCAACCCGGCAAAUCAUGUGCAAACAAUGUAUUUACCCUACUGUCUCUCCUGCAAAUGCAGCUAAGGUUCGGUAAACCGGUAUAUACCUUAUUCAUAGAUUCUCGCCGGGCCUUUGACUCGGUCCCUCACGACAAACUAUGGACAAAACUAAUGAAUCUAGGCCUCAGCUCCAAACUAAUCAACAUACUGAAGAUCCUGUAUGAUAACGCACAAAUGAGAGUGAGAGUUAACGGACAGCUCUCUGAACCAGUUAAUGUAACUCUAGGCGUGUUACAAGGAGAAGUGCUAAGCCCUCUCUUAUUCAUUCUGUACCUAUCGGACAUUACGUUUUUCAGUGCUCGAGGGUACUCUGACGUAACCUCGUAUCUCAAAAAACACUACUUUACGGAGAAACAAAAAACUUUUUUCAAGAAAAUCAAAUUAUAA